UCUUUUAACUUAAGAGCUCAACUAAAAAGCACGUCGGAGACACUCUUAAUUAGUAAGAUUAUUAGUGCUUAAAUUUAACUUAUUAGCUCAAUUAGAAAAGAACAUUGGAGCUGUACUCUAAUGAGAUCAUUAGUGGUAGAAAAAGCUAGCUAGAUAGGAAGUUGGGACUUGUAGCUGCGCGGAGCCUUUUUUUCCUGGAUGAAGUGUUAUCCACAUGGUUAUAGUGCGUGUGGAUUUAAUAUUUUGGUUUUACUUACAAUCCCACGGCACAAGGAGCUUGGCUCUUGGCUUAUAAAUUUAGAACAACCCAAUUGCUUCCAAUUCAGAAUUACUAGCUUGAGACCAACACAAGGCAACAACCUUAACAGCCCUCCUUUACUAUUCCCCAUCUAUCUCCCUCUCCCUCCUAGUUUGGCCAAAUUUAGGGAGAGAGAGAGAGAGAGAGAGAGAGAGACACACACACACACACACACAUAUAUAUAUAUAUAGCAGCAGGGGCAUCUAUAGAUAUGGAACAAAGGAGGCAGAACCACAAAGUUGAGGCCAUUGACACAUCUGAAAUGGCGGAAGAGAUGACUGUUGAUUGGAGAGGCAGACCUUCCAAUCCUACCAAGCAUGGUGGCAUGAGAGCUGCUGCAUUUGUUCUUGGGCUUCAAUCAUUUGAGAUAAUGGGAAUUGCUGCAGUUGGGAACAACCUCAUAACAUACGUGAUAAAUGAGAUGCACUUUUCUCUGUCAAAUUCAGCCAACGUAGUGACGAACUUUAUUGGAACUGUCUUUCUCUUAGCCCUAGUUGGUGGCUACGUCUCUGAUUCUUAUCUUGGGAGUUUCUGGACCAUGCUUAUCUUUGGUUUUGUGGAACUUUCGGGUUUCAUAUUAUUGUCAGUCCAAGCUCAUGUUCCGCAGCUAAAGCCACCCCCAUGCAACGUUAAUAACGGAGAGGAGUGUGUAGUGGCAAAAGGGUUCAAGUCACUAAUCUUCUUCGUAGCACUUUACUUGGUGGCAUUGGGGAGUGGCUGUAUGAAGCCUAACAUGAUUGCUCACGGGGCUGACCAGUUCAACCCAGAUGACCCAAAGCAGUCCAAGAAACUCUCCACCUAUUUCAAUGCUGCCUACUUUGCCUUUUCCAUGGGUGAACUCGUCGCCCUCACUCUUCUCGUGUGGGUCCAAACUCACUCUGGAAUGGAUGUUGGCUUUGGAGUCUCAGCAGCCGCCAUGGCGAUGGGGUUGAUCAGCUUGGUUUCUGGCACCCUAUAUUACAGGAACAAACGACCUCAAGGAAGCAUACUCACUCCCAUUGCUCAAGUUUUUGUGGCUGCAAUACUAAAGAGAAAGCAGGUCUGUCCAUCUAAUCCACAGAUGCUUCAUGGAAGCCAACACAAUGCGCCAAAUGACAAUGCUACUUUCUCUUCUGACGCUGGCAGCUUUCUUCACACUGAAAAGUUCAGGUUCUUGGACAAGGCUAGCAUUAAAAUUCAAGAUCGCACUAACUCAAAGGAAAGUCCGUGGAGAUUGUGCACCGUUACUCAAGUGAAGCAAGUAAAAAUACUUCUUUCAGUCAUCCCAAUUUUUGCUUCCACCAUAAUUUUCAACACAAUUUUGGCUCAGCUCCAAACUUUCUCGGUCCAACAAGGAAGUAUGAUGAACACCAAGCUAACCAAAUCCUUCCAUAUCCCUCCAGCUUCACUUCAAUCCAUCCCUUACAUCAUUCUUCUCAUCCUUGUCCCUCUCUAUGACACUUUCUUUGUUCCAUUUGCUCGAAAAUUCACCGGUCACGAUUCCGGUAUCUCCCCAUUAAUGAGAAUAGGGUUUGGACUCUUUUCUGCGACGUUUUCGAUGAUCGCGGCUGCCAUCAUGGAGAAAAAGAGAAGGGAUGCAGCUAUACAUUCGAACCAAAUAAUUUCCAUUUUUUGGAUCACCCCACAAUUCUUGAUCUUUGGAUUAUCGGAAAUGCUCACUGCCGUAGGCCUCAUUGAGUUCUUUUACAAACAAUCCUUGAAAGGGAUGCAAGCAUUUUUAACAGCCUUGAACUAUUGCUCCUAUUCAUUUGGGUUUUACCUGAGCUCCCUGCUCGUCUCUCUGGUGAAUAAGAUCACAACAUCCUCAGGUGGUGGCGUUGGUGGUGGUUGGCUGGGUGACAAUAAUCUCAACAAAGACAGACUAGACCUUUUCUAUUGGUUGCUGGCAGGCCUCAGCUUCCUCAACUUCCUCAACUAUCUAUUUUGGUCUCACUGGUACUCUCACACCCCGUCAUCUUCAUCAGCACCAAGUGCACUACCCCAGCUGCAUGGUCAUGACACUGCUCGCAUGGAAGAUUAUAACCAUCAUAGACUGGAUGAUAAUAUACCAUAAUUUAUUUAAGAAUAUUUAGGGUUUUUAAGAAAAUAACUGUGAAUUAAUGAAGGUGAUUAAUGUAUAUAGCGCUCGAUUGAGGCUCUCAUCGAUCUACAGCGUACACACAUAUAUGUAACCUUUAUAAUAUGCACUACUCACAUGCUAUGCAUGUAUUGUAUCCAAAUUACUCUAUAUCAAUAAGAGCAUAUAUAAUGGAGAGAUGCAAAGUUUAAAAUGUAAAA